GUCCCCACGUGCCUCUCUGCCGCAGCAGCAGUCACAUGAUCGACUCUUUGGCUAGCUACUUCCGGUACCACGGCUGUUUUUCUCUGCGGGAGAAUAAUAACGUAUCUGUUGUGCUUUCCCUGGGAAUCGGUGCAGCUAUAAUCCAGAUCCCGACAGUCAGGACUGAACAGGAGAAAUAAACGGGGAAGAGAACCACCAACCUGUCCGUACAUCGUGUCCCCCUGCUAGCUAACGUUAAACUGCGGGGAGAUGACCACCGGAGGGGCGGGUAGCUAGUUGACAGAAUAAACCGACUACACCGCCCGCCCUUUCGAUUUCGAAAAUACGCAACGUUUCUCCUGCUUUAACAGUCAGACCUGCUGAUUCUUUUUUCUUCCUCCCCGUGACUAACGUUAGCAUUAGCAGCAAGUGGUGGCUAAUUGACGUUUGCUCUCUUCUCCCAAAACAACCCGCCAUCGACAUGUCAAAAUACACAAGCUUCCCUGAGCCGAUGGAAGACCACAACCCUUUUCAAGACCCUGCAGUGACUCAACACAGCAGCAACACAGGAUAUGCCACACUGGACCUGUACAACCCUUUUGAUAAUAAUACUACUGGGCCUCCUCCUCCGUAUGAAGCCACCUCUCCCUCUGCUCCAUCUGUGCCUGCAGUGACCCCACCUAGUAGGACAACCCCCACCGAGCCUCGCAACUAUGGCUCCUAUACCUCCCAGACUGCAGUAAAUGCUACCACAGCAGAACUCUUGAGGAAGCAGGAGGAGCUUGAGAAGAAAGCCCAGGAGCUGGAGAGAAGAGAGAGGGAGCUUGAGUCGCACAGCCUGGGACCUGGAGCCUCCCGUCAGAAUAACUGGCCCCCGUUGCCUUCAUUCUUCCCCGUGGGCCCCUGCUUCUACCAAGACAUCAAUGUGGAGAUCACUCAGCGCUUCCAGCGCACCGUCACCAUCAUGUACUACUUCUGGAUGCUUUGCACUUGUGCGCUGUUCUUCAACCUGAUCUCCUCCCUGGCCAUGUUCUGCGUGGACUCCUCGGGUGGUGUUGGCCUGGGCCUAGCCAUCCUGUGGGCCCUCCUCUUCACCCCCUGCUCCUUCCUCUGUUGGUACCGUCCUGUGUACAAAGCCUUCAGGAGUGACAGCUCCUUCAAUUUCUUUGUCUUCUUCUUCGUUUUCUUUGCCCAAGUGGUCGUCUCCGUCAUCAUGACUAUCGGUAUCCCUGGAUGGGGUUUCAGUGGGUGGAUCGUGAGCCUGGCUGCUCUGAAGACCAGUGUCCCCGUCGGUGCGAUCAUGAUGAUGAAUGCCAUCGUCUUUACAGCCCAAGCCGCCAUGGGGGUUGUCAUGCUGAAGAAGGUCCACAGCCUGUACAGGAAGACCGAUGCCAGCUUUCAGAAGGCCCAGGCCGAGUUCGCCACCGGAGUCAUGUCCAAUCAGGCCGUACGCCAGGCCGCCACCACCGCAGCCACCAGCGCUGCCACCAGCGCUGCCCAGGGGGCCUUCACCGCACCACGAUAGAGAGGGAGGAGAGGGGUUGGGAGGGUUAGAGUUGAAGCAGGGCCCGUUACGCUUGAUAGAGGAUCUGUUUGGUAUUUAUUUCCUCC